AUGGCGGCCGAGGAGCCGGCGGAGGAGCCGCCCGAGGAGCUGGCGCACGCCGAGGUGCUGGAGCUGUUCCAGGCGGCGCUGGCGCGGCUGGUGCAGGACCCGCUGCUCUGCGAUCUCCCGCCGCAGGUGACGGCGGAGGAGAUCGGCUCGCAGGUGGCCCUGGAGUACGGGCAGGCCAUGACGGUGCGGGUGUGCAAGGCGGACGGCGAGACCGUGCCCGUGGUGGUGGUGCAGAACGCCUCGGUGCUGGAGCUGAAGAAGGCGCUGCGGCGGCACAUCCAGCUGCGGCAGGCACGGCAGGGCGGUGUCCAGCACCUCAGCUGGAAGUACAUAUGGAGGACGUACCACCUCACCUUCGCUGGAGAGAAGCUGGCGGAUGACAGAAAGAAGCUGAGAGAGUACGGCAUCAGGAACCGGGAUGAGGUCAGCUUCAUAAAGAAGCUUCGGAAGUAACCYGGGGAGAGAGAAGAGAACCCAACCCUACCAAACCCAGACUGUGGAUUCAGCACCUUCCUGGAAGGAAAGGCUGUAACAGUYCAAAGAGGAACAAACUCCACUGACAGGACAUUCUCAUGUUUUUUACAGUUACUGGUUGCAGUGUUUGCCUCUGAGCUAUAUGUGGAUUCCAGGGAUUAAAGAGAUCAAUUUUUCUGAGA